AUGCUGUGUCUUGCCGUUCCUGGUUUCAAGGUCGCGUUCUCUUCUACGGAACUCUCUUCAUUUUCUUACGUUCUUAUUCCUGCUAUAUCCACUCCUGAUAGCUUAGAUCCGAGAAAACCCUCUGGUACUGGCUAUACCAGCAAGGUACGAGUGCGGGAUAAGUAUCACAUUGUGGGUUUUAUCAGCAGUGGUACAUAUGGCCGCGUCUAUAAAGCCAUUGGAAAAGAUGGUCGAAAAGGCGAGUUUGCCAUUAAAAAAUUUAAACCUGAUAAAGAGGGUGAGAUUAUCCAGUACACGGGUCUCUCACAAUCGGCAAUUCGUGAGAUGUCUUUAUGCUCAGAACUGGAUCAUUCCAACGUAGUGCAGCUGGCGGAGAUCAUUUUAGAAGACAAGUGCAUCUUCAUGGUAUUCGAGUACACCGAGCAUGACCUGCUUCAGAUCAUUCAUCACCACACUCAGCCCCAAAGACAUGCCAUCCCGGCCCCGAUGAUCAAAUCAAUACUGUUCCAACUGCUGAACGGCCUGCUUUACCUUCACACAAAUUGGGUAUUGCACCGUGAUCUCAAGCCAGCCAACAUUCUGGUAACAUCCAGUGGUGCUGUUCGGAUUGGUGAUCUAGGACUUGCUCGUCUUUUCUACAAACCUCUUAACUCUCUCUACUCGGGCGAUAAAGUCGUCGUCACGAUUUGGUACCGGGCCCCCGAGCUGUUGAUGGGAAGUCGACAUUACACGCCAGCCGUGGACCUCUGGGCAGUCGGGUGUAUCUUCGCGGAACUGCUCUCUCUUCGACCGAUCUUCAAAGGAGAAGAAGCCAAGAUGGACAGCAAGAAGACAGUGCCUUUCCAACGCAAUCAGAUGAUGAAGAUCGUCGAGAUCAUGGGGUUACCCAGAAAGGAAACGUGGCCUGGUUUAGUGGCAAUGCCCGAAUUCUCACAACUGCAGUCAUUAGCGAUGGCAAGGGGUCAUCUCAACCGGCAGUCCAACCUGGAGGGUUGGUACCAGAGUUGCUUGAAGAACAACGGCUAUUCGCCAACAUCUAGCGCUGGGACACCCGGUCCCGAAGGGUUCGACUUGCUUUCUCGGCUGCUUGAAUACGACCCCCUCAAGCGGAUCUCUGCCCAAGAGGCACUAGAGCAUCCGUACUUCACUACCGGGACUCCGAUCACCGCAAAUUGCUUUGCGGGCUACGAGGGCAAAUACCCCCAUCGCCGCGUCACCCAGGAUGAUAACGAUAUUCGCUCUGGCAGUUUGCCUGGUACCAAACGGAGUGGAUUACCGGACGACAGCCUCAUGGGCAGGGCUGCAAAACGUCUCAAAGAGUGA